ACAAACAAUUAUUUAAUGGUUCCGCCUUUUCCUUUUCGUUUGUAGUCCAAAUGAGAGGAUCCGUGGCGUAUCAUUUUGUUCAUUGACGCUCUGGUGCAAAAUAAAGUUUGCUUGCACUGCCUCAAUGCAAAUGCUUGGCAAUCCUCUUCUGAUAUCUCCUGCUCCCCUUCUUACUGCUUUUCUUCAUGCCUAUCAUAGAUUACUACCGCUAUCGCCUUUCAUACUAUUACUUUUACCGCGCACCUCCGUUACAUGGGGAAAAGAAAAAGAAACAUACCGUCCACAAGAGAAAAGAAAAGGAACGAAAAGAAAAGAGAAAAGUACUCGGCUUCUUUUCAAUAUCCCAACUCCUUACUUCAAUAAAUCUCCUCGACCAGAAAGAUAUCAACGAGCUACCAAAGCUUUGUUAUCGCAAGUUCUUUUGUGAAUGUAGUACCACUACCCUUUUAAACUUUCCACCAUCACAUUGCGCCUCCCUCUCCAGGGAAUUUCAACUCACUGACCGCCAUACUCAUUUGAUACUCAAACCAAGUGAGUUGUUAGCUGUUUGAUAUACGAGUCCUUGGUGAGAUAUCAUCUUCCGCUGCUGUCCAUAUUCACCAUUCAAUAAUGUUUCAAUGACCCGUUCCCUCCUUCUCUUCAUGAGGAUUCAUCUUGGAUAUUCUUGAUCAAAAAUAUUCUGUGAUGAAAGAUUUGUGUUAUUGAUUCAUUGAAACUCUGCAUUUAUUUGCUUGGCUUAAGCUCAGUUCCAGUUCAAUUCCACAUAACUUGGAGACCUUGGCUUAUAUAUUCUUGACCUUCUCUAGAUUUCACCUACCUUGACACAGCCACUCUUCGAUGCCUACGAGUCUGAACAGCUUCAUUCUAUCAAAUAGUCGCCAAGGUCCUGCGCCUCGGGCUGUGUUUGAUUAAGACAACAAGAGAAUUUUCCACCAAAGCAUACUAACAUGGCGGACUCAGGUGAAACUUCACCUCCAAGCUCGGGGGCGAAGAGGCAAAGAGCGUAAGUCUACAUUCCUUAUCACUAUACAUACCAACAAUCCCAUAUCCAAAAUAGCUAAUGUUUCACUGCGAGCAGACCCACGAUAACAAUCGAUACUUCUGCUGUUUCUAGCAACAGUCCACCUCAAGCUAUGGAUCACGACGCAGUUGCUUUGAGGGCUUUAGCAAAUUCCCCCUCAACUUUACAGGGUGACAUUAGCCCUGUUACAUAUGAUGGAACAGGAUCGCAAAAUCGAGGCCAUCGUUCCAAUCAAGCAAGUCAUUCAUCGAUACCAGAAUUAAGAACAACAAAUUCAUUUGACAGCCGAGAUAGUAGGCCAACAUCACCACAUAAUGUGUCAUCGCCAACAUCGAGAGGAAAUCCCGGAUUCUUGGCCGUUCCUGGUCUUCGAUCACGACAAAACUCCAUCGAGUCUGACGAUGGAAACCAUUCAACUACGAGUUACGGUGGAGAAACCUGCGCCGGAACUUCCACCGCAGGACAGAUGGACAAGCAUAGGGAGUUGGAGGGAAAUAAUGAUAUAAUGAACGAUCCAGAUGCUCUAAAACCGGAUCUGGGGACCGAGGAGGACUUCGAAGUCGAAAACAACAAUUUUGCAUUUUCUCAAGGGCAACUGAACAAAUUAGUAAAUGGAAAGAGUUUGGCGGCUUUCUAUGCUCUUGGAGGUCUUGCAGGAUUAGAAAAGGGAUUGCGAACGGAUCGAAGAAGUGGUCUCAGUCUGGAUGAGCAAUCUUUAGAUGGAACGAUAUCUUUCGAAGAAGCAACGGCUGCCGCAUCUGAAAGAUCGCCCGUUCUCAGCGAACAAUCGAAAUCUUCAAAGACCCCUGUGACCACCAUUGUAUCUUCGAUGCCGCCAACAGGAUCGGGACAUGCACAAUCACACGUUCAAGCGCACGGUGCUUAUUCCGAUCGGCAACGUAUCUUCAAGGAUAAUAGAUUACCCGAGAAGAAAGGUAAAAGCAUUUUCGAGUUGAUGUGGAUCACUUACAAUGACAAGGUUCUUAUCCUGUUGUCUAUCGCAGCCGCAAUCUCAUUGGGUGUUGGAUUAUAUCAAACAUUCGGUACGAAACAUGACGCAGAACACCCUCCUAUUGAGUGGGUCGAAGGUGUGGCAAUUAUAGUAGCUAUCGUGGUUGUGGUGAUUGUAGGAUCUCUCAAUGAUUACCAGAAAGAACGCCAAUUCGUUAAACUCAACAAAAAGAAAGAAGAUCGCGAUGUGAAUGUUAUUCGGUCUGGAAAAACUUUGGAAAUCUCGGUUUUUGAUGUUUUGGUUGGUGAUGUUAUGCAUCUUGAACCUGGAGACAUGAUUCCCGUGGAUGGAAUUUUCAUUGAAGGACACAACGUUGUUUGCAAUGAAUCUCAAGCAACCGGAGAAUCUGAUUUGAUUAAAAAACGACCAGCCGACGAUGUCUACAACGCAAUUCAAAAUCACGAAAGCUUGAGGAAAAUGGACCCUUUCAUUCUUUCAGGAGCCCAAGUUAGCGAGGGAGUCGGAACAUUUUUGGUUACGGCUACUGGUGUUAAUUCUAUGUAUGGAAAGACCUUGGUCGCUUUGAGGGAAGAUCCCGAAUCUACACCUCUUCAAACAAAAUUGAACACACUAGCCGAAUAUAUCGCAAAGCUUGGUGGAGCUGCCGGUCUUCUUCUCUUCAUCGUCUUGUUCAUCGAAUUCUUGGUCCGCUUACCUGGCAAUAACGGUACCCCGACAGAAAAAGGUCAACAGUUUCUCAGUAUUUUCAUCGUCACGGUUACAAUUAUUGUGGUUGCGGUCCCCGAAGGCUUACCACUGGCCGUCACCCUGGCUUUGGCCUUUGCUACAACUCGCAUGUUGAAGGACAACAAUUUAGUUCGACAUCUCAAAGCUUGUGAGGUUAUGGGAAAUGCUACGACUAUUUGUUCUGAUAAAACCGGUACUUUGACUCAAAAUAAGAUGUUAGUGGUCGCGGGAACCCUGGGAACUAGCUCUCGAUUUGGUGGUACAAUAGAAUCGUCUGGGAAAGAUCAAUCGGAUAAUGGCAAGCAGCCACAGCGAGAAGCUGAUAACAUGUCUCCGAAAGAAGUGGUAUCUACUUUAGAUUCAAGUGUCAAAGCAAUGCUCAAGCAGGCGGUCGUUUUCAACUCAACCGCUUUUGAGGGCGAGGUUGAUGGCGAAGCCAGCUUCAUUGGUUCCAAGACAGAAACUGCGCUCUUACUCUUCGUCCGAGAACAUUUGGGACUAAGCCCACUCGCUGAAGAACGUUCUAAUGGCACCAUCACACAGCUGAUUCCUUUUGAUUCGGGUCGAAAGUGUAUGGGAGUGGUUUUACAAUUGGACAAUGGCACAUAUAGACUUUACGUCAAGGGUGCAUCUGAGAUUCUUCUCGAAAAGUGCACAGAAAUCAUUCGGGACCCAACCAAGGAUACUAGCAGUGUUCAAAUGACCGAGGACAACCGUCUGACUUUGACUUCCAUCAUUGACAACUAUGCUUCCCGAUGCCUCCGUCCAAUCGGACUCCUCUACAGAGAUUUCGAGAGUUGGCCACCCAAGGGCGCUCGCACCAUUGAAGGAGAAAAAAAUCAAGUUGUAUUCGGUGACGUCUUCAAGGAAAUGGUACUUUUAGGUAUCGUUGGAAUCCAGGAUCCACUUCGUGAUGGCGUUCCCGAAGCUGUCCGUAUUUGUCAAAAUGCCGGUGUGGUUGUUCGCAUGGUCACCGGAGAUAACAUGGUUACUGCCAAAGCCAUCGCUACAGAGUGUGGCAUCUUCACUCCUGGCGGCAUUGUUAUGGAAGGACCAGCUUUCCGAAAUCUGAGUCCAUCGAAGAAGGAGCAGAUUAUCCCACGUUUGCAGGUUCUCGCACGAUCUAGUCCAAAAGACAAAGAGGAUUUGGUCAAGGCUCUGAAGAAACUUGGUGAAACCGUGGCAGUUACUGGUGAUGGUACCAAUGAUGCGCCUGCUUUGAAGAAGGCCGAUGUUGGAUUCUCCAUGGGUAUCGCUGGUACUGAGGUUGCAAAGGAAGCUUCUGCCAUUAUUCUUAUGGAUGAUAACUUCAACUCGAUUGUCAAGGCUAUGAUGUGGGGACGUGCUGUUAACGAUGCUGUGAAGAAAUUCUUGCAGUUUCAAGUCACCGUCAACAUUACUGCCGUUCUCUUAACCUUCAUUUCCGCUGUCGCUAGUUCCGAUGAAACAUCCGUUCUUACUGCGGUUCAACUGCUGUGGGUCAAUUUGAUCAUGGAUACCAUGGCAGCUCUUGCAUUGGCUACUGAUCCACCGACUCCCAGCAUCCUGGAUCGAAAGCCUGAUCCCAAGUCGGCACCUCUUAUCACUAUGACGAUGUGGAAAAUGAUUAUUGGUGAAUCAAUCUAUCAACUAACUAUUACCCUACUCUUGUUCUUCGGCGCAGAAAGCAUUCUUUCUUACCAAUCCGAUCGUGAAAUUGCACAAAUCCCAACUUUGAUCUUCAACACCUUUGUCUGGAUGCAAAUAUUCAAUCAAUGGAAGUAAGUGCCCUGAAAAUCUCUAAUUAUGGAUCUCAACUGACUCUAUUUAGCAACCGCCGUCUUGAUAACAAGUUCAACAUUUUCGAAGGAGUUCAUCGCAACUGGUUCUUCAUGGGGAUCAAUGUUGUCAUGGUUGGUGGCCAAGUCAUGAUCAUUUUCGUUGGUGGCAAAGCCUUCAAUGUAGUCCAUCUAAAUGGAGCUCAAUGGGCAUACUCCAUUAUACUUGGGUUCCUCUCCAUCCCGGUCGGAGCUUGCAUACGUCUCGUCCCUGAUGAAUUACUCAUAUCAUUGAUCCCUAGCUACUUGAUGAAUCGAAACAAGAACCCAGAAGUUACCAUCUCGGACGAGGAAGAGCAUUUCCAAUUCCCCAAGCCAUUGGCGGAUGUCAAGGAAGAAUUGACUUUCCUCAAGAAGUACAAGGGUGGUCGAUUGAACAAUCUAAGAUUCGCCAUGCAACAAACUCGCGAUCAAUUAUUACCACGUUCAAGGAGUGGCUCCCGGUCAAGAGACAAUUCUGUUGCACCAACUACCAAUUCAGACGAUCCCAAUCGGGAUAAUGCUUUUGGCACGAAUGGUUCAUUCCAAAAUCCUGAACCUCGCAAACGCGGAAGGAGCACUAGAUCUCGAUCUAACUCAGCAUUGGGUGCUACAACUGUCAUGGCAGGUAUUAUUGCUGGUAGUGUUGCUGGAUGGUCUCCAAUCGAACGGAACUAUGGCGAUAAUGAUAUGUUUUCACGCACCAGAGGAAGAUCAGAGUUGGAGGCCUCUGACGAAAUACAAAUUCACCCCGACACCAAACCUGAUGAUCCCGUCAUCACGGAAAAUCCACAUCAACUCCAUGGACCCCCUUCACAAAAUCCCGAGAUCACUCCUGCGCCAGCGUCUUCUAACGUUCCUACUUUGAAGAUUCCAAAUUCAACCCGAAAACCAUCAAAUGAUGAAUAAUUCACCCACUCUGAUCCUAUUAAAACACUAGAGAUAUCCAAUACUCAUGUAGAUAUGUACUUUUAGCAUUCACGCUUUCACGUGCGCCUUGAAACUUUUUUCUUUUCUUUUCUUUUUGGUUUUCCUCACGAAACAUAUUGCGUCGGUUCAACAUUUGUGGGCGUUUUGAUGGAUGGGAAAUUAAAGAUACAAAUAUGGGGCGGUCUUCUUUUUUCAACCUUUUUGGCUUUUUAAUACAAUACCACAGUAAAAUUGGUGCGCAAGGAGCAGAAAGUGAGCAGAUGUUUCUCUUUCCCUUGAUGAUUCCCCGUCCAUUUGGAGAGGAAUGGAUAUGCGAUGUAGAUAUUUGAGAUGGAUGGAUGGAUGGAUGGAUGAGGUGGGUGGAGUCUAUGAGUUAAGAGGCGAAAGUGAGAGUGAAAGUGAAAGAAGGGAAAAUAAAAAAUGAUUGCGUGGAUGGUUCGAUGGGUGCAUAGAUAUGAAAUAUGAAUAUGAAUAUGGAAUAUGAAUUGAAUAUGG